AGGCGGUAAGGCCGGGCCGCUGCGUCUCUGUAGCCGCAUGUUGUACACUCGCAGCCCGGGAGACGACUCCUGUCGGUGCUGGUUCUCUCUGGUUGCGCGGCGUUGAAACGAGCUCGCGCCGACGAUAGCGGCCCCGGCCAAUGUCACUUGUGACAGAAGCGUUGGCUGCACCUCCAGCAACAAACCCCCAGUGCAGCAGCCUGAGACGAGGCUUCCAGUGCUCAAUGCUGAGGCUUCAGGAUGAAUCCAAAUCUGACAGACCCCCAGACUCCUCAUCCACAACCUACCAUGAGCACUACCAGGCUCACUCAACCGAACAGGACACAACAACAGCUUCACACGGAGCUUCUGCAGCUGAGCCAGAAGCAGAGGACGCUCCCAGGCCAAACACCAGUUACCAGGACCAGAGCGGAGAGCAGGGUGAAGAGUACGAAACAGAGGAGCAGCUUCAAGCUCGAAUCCUGACCGCUGCUCUGGAGUUCGUCCCGCAGCACGGCUGGUCGAUGGAAGCCAUUGCAUCUGGUGCUGAGACACUUGGCCUGUCCUCAGCCUCCACUGGUAUGUUCCACAACGGAUCUGGAGACUUGGUUCUACAUUUCAUCGCCCAAUGCAACUCACAGCUGACAGAGAUCCUGGCUGAACAACACAAGCAGGUCCAGCUUGGCCAGGCCGAACCAAAGAAGACUGCUGACUUUCUGAGAGAUGCUGUGGAGACCAGACUGAGGAUGCACAUCCCCUACAUUGAAACAUGGCCACAGGCGAUGAGUAUCCUGCUCCUCCCUCACAACAUCCCAGACAGUCUGAAGCACCUCUCCACCCUGGUAGACGACAUCUGGUACUAUGCCGGAGACCGAUCCACAGAUAUGAACUGGUACACCAAACGGGCAGCGCUGACAGGCAUCUACAACACCACAGAGCUAGUGAUGGUCCAGGAUUCCUCUGCAGACUUUGAGGACACCUGGAACUUCCUGGACAACCGCAUCCAGGAUGUAGUGAACAUGGCCAGCACUGCCAAACAGGUGCAGUCGACUGGGGAAGCAGUUGUGCAGGGACUAAUGGGAGCUGCUGUGACUCUGAAGAACCUGACAGGAAUGAACCAGAGGCGAUGAAAACAUCUACCACUGAUCCUGACAGAGCGUGCAGGUCGUGUCAGGAGAUGCAGAUCAUCUUCUUUUGGCCUUUAUUUCUGAUGACCUGUAUGAAACGACUGUGGGAGUAUUGGAUUAUGACUCCUGAGUAAGCUCUCAUUUCACACAGGCCAUACACGUCCCUAGGUUCACCUGCAGGACCAGUGGAUGAGUCCGGUUUUCUUUCACUGCCCAUCAUGUUGUUAUCCUGCUCAGAUCUUUUUUUCUGUUUGUAUGAAAAGACACAGAUCUGUCAUGUUGCUGUUGGAUCAAGUGAGACUUCAAUAAAGUAGUUUAUUAUUGUAUA